GCUGUGCUUUAGUAUAGCUCCAUGCUCGAACAAACGCAGACGAUCAAUGGUUGUACGAAGGCCACGUGCUUUUGCAAUCUUCUCUUCGCCCCUGGAUAAUAAAUAAAAAGGGAUACGUUUGGCCCUGGAACCACAAUUUAUUAUGCACUGACACAGCGCCAGCAUCUAUGAUCUAGAGCAGUGACCUUUCAGCCUGCACACGGUGGUUGUGGAUCGAGUUGCAGCAUAUUCUGGUAAUGCUGGGCUACAAUUUGUCAGUUCAUGUACAUGUAUGAAGACUCCAUUUUAGGGUAUCAAGAUCGCUAACGUGAGUUCCAGCAUGACUGAGAAGAAGCAGUGCAAAGGUUUGCUUGAACGGUUACGUAAUGGCGAGACUGUUAUCUGCGCGGAGGGAUAUUUGCUCGUGUUCGAGCGACGCGGCUACUUGACCGCUGGGGCGUUUGUUCCCGAAGUCGUCCUGGAACAUCCGGAAUUAGUCCGGCAACAGUAUGAGGAGUUCGUCCACGCCGGAAGUGACGUCGUGCUGGCAUUCACCUUUUACGCCCACCGGGAAAAGAUGGCUCUGAUUGGUCGAGAGAACGACCUCGAACGACUCAACAAGGACGCACUGCGCAUGGCACGCGAGGUGGCUGACCAAACUGGUACCCUGAUGGCUGGUAACAUCAGCAAGGUUCAGUCAUACGAGUCCGAGUUACCCAAAUCUGGCGAUCAAGAGAAAGUCAAGGAAAUGUUCAAAGAGCAGAUUUUGUGGGCCGUUGAAGCCGGCGCCGAUUACAUUGCAGCCGAGACAUUCCACACGUUUUCCGAAGCACUGCUGGCGGUCGAGGCAUGCAAGGAGUGUGCUCCAGGAAAACCGUGCGUUGUGACUCUGGCAAUCCAGAGGAGCAUCAUCGACGGUAAACCAGCCACGGCGGACGGCGUGGAGGUAUGCGAGGCUCUGAAUCGACUAGCGGACGCGGGGGCUGACGUGGUGGGGCUUAACUGCGCACGAGGACCGGCCACCAUGCUGCCAAUUCUGGAAGACGCUGCGAAGAAAUGCAAGGCACCGCUUGCUGCUGUUCCCGUUGUGUACCGCACAUCGGAGAAAACACCAACAUUCAUGACUAUCACAGAUCCUAUGACGGACAAGCCAGCAUUUCCCAUAGAUUUGGACUGUGUCCAGUGCAGCCGCACCGACAUCCACAACUUUGGCAAGCGAGUGCAGGAGCUGGGCAUCAAGUACGUGGGUCUGUGUUGCGGCAACUCGGCCCACCUGACCCGUAGCCUGGCCGAGAGUCUGGGCCGAAAGCCCCCGGCCUCCCGCUACUCGCCGGACCUCAGCAAGCACUGGCUGCUUGGGAAAGGCAACAAACCACCACAGGCCAUUCUGGAUUCCAUGUCUGGCACAAAUUAAUGCUUAACUUCAAAAUCAUCUUAUGAAACAUGGAUGCUUUGCAUUACUCAAUCAGUUGUAUCAAUAACAGAAUAAUUUGCAAGAG